ACGGUCAUUGUAGUAGCAAGUGGAAUUUGAAGUCGUGCGAAUGUUUCCUUAUUUUUAUAUAUAUAUAUAUAUAUUAUUUGCGAAAAAGUUUAUAUAACGAGAAAGAAAUAAGUUUAUUACGAUUACAAUAAAUAGAAACGACAACAUCACAGUGCAGUUAUGAAAAUAAUAAUUGCAUUAUGUGUUUUAUGCACAAUAGCAUGUAAAGUGGAAACACAGUCUUGGAAUGAUAUAUUACAACAAAGAAGAGGCUUAGGUAUUCCCCAAAAUAAUCAAAAUCGUGAGAGAGCCGUUACAUUUCGCGAAAACAAAAAUGGAAAUCUCAGUAGCUAUGACAAAUACAUUCAAGAUUUACUCAAUGAAAGAAAGGCACAAUCUAACAAAGAGAACAAUAAAGUGAAUAAUAAACCAUCUGCCUUAAGUAAUAAUGGUAACGUUAACGUUAUCAGUGGAGUACAGCCAAACCCAACGAAAACAAAUGAAGGUCUCAGUAGCUAUGACAAAUAUAUUCAAGAUGUACUUAAUGAAAGAAAAGCUGAAGCACAAUCCAAUAGAGAGAAUAAUAGAGUAAAUAAUGAACCAUCUGCCUUAACUACUAAUGAUAAUGUUAACUUUGUCAGUGGAGUACAGCCAAUAAGACCUAUUGAUUCUGAAGAGUCCCCAAUCACCACGAAACCAGUCAGAUUUGUUGGUGUGGGCAAAACAGAUGUGGAAUAUCUUAAUAAUGUAACGUAUGCUAUAACGAAUUUUGGGGUCAAUCUAAUGAAGAGUCUAAAUCGUUUCCAAACCGGUAACAUCAUAGCUUCACCGACAUCAAUCGCAACAGUUUUAGCUCUAUUACAACAAGCAGUAGUUGGCGAGGCUCUAGAUGAAAUAACAAGGUUAUUGCAAAUGACUCCCGAUGUCGUAGCGCCGACAUACAGAAGAUUAACGUAUGAUAUGAAAAAACGUAACUCUCGUAAUAUCCUGACUGUUUCAAAUAGUUUAUUUAUUGGCGAUGGUUUUGAAAUUAAUCCAGAUUUCAAAGAAACUGCUAUACUGAACUUUGGCAGUGAAGUCACAGUCAUGGACUUUUCUAGACCUACAGUAGCUGUAAAGCAAAUAAACAAAUGGGUCGCCGUUCAAACUCAUAAUAGGAUUGAAGAUCUGUUGCCUUACAAUGCUGUAAAUCAUAACACUCAAUUGGUGAUUGCAAAUGCUGUGUACUUCAAAGGACUUUGGGAAACUAAAUUCAAUAAACAAGCCACCAAACUACUGAUAUUCCAUUUAAACAGUGGAGAAGUUACAUCGGUUCCCUUUAUGCGCAUGCGUCAUUCAUUCAAGUAUGGUAUUGAUGAAGAUACCAAAUCUUAUAUUACAAUAAUGCCUUUUGAGCGUCACCAAUACUCAUUGAUAUUGAUUCUACCACAUCACACAUCAGACGCAGAUUCAACGUUAAAUGCAUUGACCAAUACAAAGUUAGUGAGUUACCACAAUUUCCAAGAAAUUGAAGUUCAAUUAGAAAUACCAAAGUUCACAAUUAAAUCGGACACUGAUAUGAUUCCGGUAUUGAAACACAUGAAUGUGUCAAGAAUCUUCUCACCUCAGACUGACCUUACGGGCGUUGGAACAUACAGAACUUAUUCUCCAGAAAUAUCACAAGCUGUGCACACAGGGUACUUAUCUGUAGACGAACAAGGUCUUUCUGCAGUAGGCGCAGCUGGUUUUGCAGCCGUUGCCCUAUCUUACGAUGAACCUUCAGCGAUCUUCCAAGCAAAUAGACCAUUCCUUGCCGUUUUAUGGGACACGCAAUUUGCUAUACCAUUAUUUAUAGCAAAAAUUGAAGACCCGUCUCAAUGAAAUAUUUUUUAGUAAAUUUUUGUAGUUCUUACAUUUUUGUACAAAAUGUGAUUUGUUUAAUAUAUUGUUUUAUAUUUUCAUAAUUGUGAUUGAAAUAUGUAUAUUAUUUAUAAUAAUAAUUAAUUAGUAAUAUGGUAUUAAUAAAAUAUGUAUGAAAAUAAUUUGUAUACAUUAAAUUUAAAAUUUUAUUAAACUAAACGUAAUUUUAAAUAGGUUUUUAUACAAAUGGAACAGAGUAAAAAAAGGGAUUCAAAUAAUGUACUCAAUAUUUUAUUAUAUUCUCGUUUUAUUUUUUGUGCCGUUUAAAACAUUUUAAUAAGGAAUUCCCACCAAAUAUUCGAAGAUCGCCACUAUAGAAAUCUUCAAUUUCUUGUAAUGUUUUACCUUCCGUUUCUGGUAGGAAUAAAUAUAAGUAAAUAGUUCCAAGGAAACCAAAUGCCGCAUAAGUAGCAAAUGUUCCCCACAACUUCACGCCAGUUUCAAGAUUAAUGAAGGUUUUUGCCCCGAGGAACGAGAAAAUGUAAUUGCUUGCUGCGGAUAGACCUUGUGCUGUAGCACGA